GAUAGCACGGUUUCUGUAAGGUACAACGGCAGGUGCUUCCACAUCCACAUGUCGCAGCGUUUCCUCCGCAACUCGCCGAUUGCCACUGCCCUGUAUCUCAAAUACCUCCGAGCCAUCCAGCCCGAUGGCCCUGGCGAGUUCGACGGCAUCCUCGAUGAAGACGUCUACUCAUGGAUUGUCGGACUAUUUUCGCCAAUAUUCAAGCGAUUAGCACCAGAUCCAUUUCCCUCCUUUGACCCUGAUGCAAUUCGCGGCGGUCUAGCGACACCUCUGCUCUCGGAGUACCUCUUUCCCGACACCUUCGGUUGCCGCCUCGACGCCGAGGAUGAAGAGUUCAUACCGCGGCAUACUGACAACCAUGGUGGCCUCGUCCCGUCCCGGACCUGGCUUGAUGACGGCGUUCUGGACGAGCUCGAGCAAUGGGCUCGCUUCUUCGACCCUUCGGACAUUGAAGUCUACUUCUCCAACCCAGAACACGCGCUGGACAGGAUGCCUACGUUGGUAAAGGUCAGAUUGGAUGGUGUCGGACAGCCAACGACCUGCUUCUUCAAGUCCUUUGGAUCUGGUAUAACCGGCGGUCCCCUCAACAGGGAACUCGACGUCUAUAGGAACAUUCACACGUCCGGCCUGAAGGAAGACACAAUGGUUGGACGUCUCGUCGGCGUAGUUCACGAGAAUAAGCAUGACAGCACACUGGGCUUGCUGCUGCGGUACAUUGACCACCGUGGGACGCUCUAUGACGCGGUGCAAGGUAACCCGCCUGGCCAACUUCGGCACAAGUGGGCGGCACAGAUCGAGAAAGCGGUGCACGAGCUGCAUCGUAUUGGUAGUGUUUGGGGCGAUGCGAAGCCGGAGAAUGUACUCGUUGACCGAGACGACAACGCUUGGAUAACCGACUUCGAGGGCGGGUAUACAUAUGGCUGGGUUGAUCCUGGCGUUGCAGGGACGGUGGAGGGGGACCUGCAAGGCUUGCAACGAAUCAUCAGAUUCAUCUUUGAUGGGCCGCAGGGCGAUAUUGAGAGGGUUCCUUAG